AGAAACAGCAUCAUAGUCUGGCAUCACUGGAGUUAAAUAAGUUUCAGUGUGAGUGACAGACAGGGGCAUGACUCGUGAGUUUUGAUUGAGGAGGGUUGAUUUCUCUCUCUUCAGGCUGACAGAACACACCUUUAAAACAUGAUCCUGUUGCAGAGGUGCAUUUUUAAGAGGAUUAUCCAACCGUUUUACUCAAGAAAUCAAGAAACCGCUAAAAGUCUGGUUUCUGGGUUUCCCACUGCGCUGCUGGAUGGACGCAGAGCUGCUGGACACAGGAGCAGAUCGAGUCUUCCAAAUGUCACGGAGCGGACUCUCAUCGCUGUGAAGCCAGAUGGAGUUCAACGUCGUCUUGUUGGACAAAUAAUCCAGCGGUUUGAGCGGCGGGGCUUUAAGCUGGUUGGCCUGAAAAUGCUGCAGGUGUCUGAGGAUCUCCUGUCUCAGCACUACUGUGAACUGAGGACAAAGCCCUUCUACCCCAGUCUGCUACAUUACAUGACCUCAGGACCCGUGGUUGUCAUGGUGUGGGAAGGGCACAAUGUUGUUCAGACAUCACGUACCAUGGUUGGACAUACUAACCCAGCUGUGGCUCAGGCGGGCACAGUCAGAGGAGAUUUCAGCAUUCAUGUCAGCAGGAAUGUGGUCCAUGCCAGUGAUUCACUGGAGGGGGCUCAAAGGGAGAUCCAGCUGUGGUUCCAGGGAAAAGAGCUCCUGAACUGGGACUGCUGUGACCAGACCAUCACCUGUGAAGUGUGAAGAUGAGUGAAUGCAGUGAGAAUCAGUUUUACUGUCUCCAUCCUGCUGCUCAAAGGUGUGUCUCUUCUGUCAGUGUGAUUACAGUGAUUGAAAAACAGGGGUCAUGUUCAAUGUUCCUACUGAAAAAUAUACCUCAGUAAGUGUACUUAUAGUCACAAUGAUUUUUGUUGAAACAAAUGUGACUGAUUUCUUAUUUUUUAUUUUUUUUAUAAUUCAAGCUAUGUUAGCAACUAUGCAUAUAAAUCUAUAGCAGUUCGAUUUUUCAGUACCUGAUUUUCAUCUGAAAGAUUUGAAUUGCAUGAGGCUCAAAGCAGGUGUAACAUCAGAAUGUAUCCCACAGUCACCUGAAAUGCAAUAGUCUUUCUGACCAAUGGUUAAAAUGUGGUGUGCUUGUUUUUAUUAGACUCUGUGUCUUUUAUCCCAAAAUCAUAGUGAACAGAAAUCUAAAUAGUAAAGCUUAAUCAAGUAAAUUUGUGUUAGUGAAAUCAUUGAGUAAUCCUCCUAUCUCUCCUUAAAACUCCACUGUGGAGCAGAAGAAAUUACAUACGAGGGUGAAGAGUUUAGAGGAAAGUGAAAAACAAUGUCAGGAAUUGUCUGAAAUGUGAAUAAUUCUUCUAAUAAUAAUCAAUGUUUACACUCAAACAUUUGACCUCAGGUGAAGGUAACUGGUGGAAAUUUACUAAAGUAAUAUGUUGCCGUGCACUACACAGCUCGGCAUGGUGAUGAUUUACCUCCACCUGCUACCAUGUCAACACAGAACUGAUUCUGCUUUUUAUGUUUGUUGACAUUUUCAGUGUCACUUGUUUGUUUUUUUUGAUUAUACAGCUGAAACAAUGUCUUUAUUUUUCACUCAGUAUCAAUUAUGAAAUAACUAAUGUAGAAUUCUUCACAUGACGUUUCAUUUUGAAAUUGUAUGUUUUAAAGGAGCUUUUUGUCAGGUUUGCUAUGGCUGUAUAGCCGACAUUAGUAUUAACAGCUUUCGAGUCUAGAAAAAAAGUUCAGCAUCAAACGUCAUUCCUUUACUCACUGAAAGCUGUCUCCAGCGGUGAAAAGCAACGCCAAUGUAAACUGUUGUUUUGCUACCAUUUCUCUCACUUCGUUUCUUCUGCUGAAGUUAGCAUGCUAACUAGCUAGCUCCAGCUUGGCCCUUUCGUCACUUUCUGAUACCGAAUCACUGUAGCGUCCAGUCUGUCCUGAAAAGGUAGUGCUGCUCAGGGGGCGUGUUAUAACCUUUUGUCUUGUAAAUGAAACAAUAGCUGCAGCUCUUGACAAGACUGGUAAGUAAACAGCUGUUAAUGCUAAUGUUGGCAAUGUAGCAAUAUAUAAAUCUUACAAAUAACGCCUUUAAUCUGCUGUAUUGAAGCUGAUACAUUCACAGCAAUAUAUCCCUUAUGUUUCCAUGUCGUGCAUUAUAUUAUGAUAUGAACCACAGCUGCAAUCAUAAUGAAAAAUGCAACAUCUUACAACAUUUUCAUCUCAGAAAAAGUCAGGACUAAGAUUGUAUAUUUAUGACAUCAGUUUAAUGUGUAUUUGGUCUAUAACAGCAUCUGGCUGCAACAAGCAACACUGUCUUAAUACAGGUAGACAUGCAAGCAAUAAAAAGUCAAUCAGAUCAAUCAGACAGCUGACUGUUCUGUGUAGAUAAACAUUUUAAUCAUAAUGCACAUUUCAUGGGUUUUAUACUGUAGCUCUGAAAAGCUGUUUCAGUCCAUUGUUAUAGUAUUUGCUUUACAACAAUAACACAUUAGACUUAUAAUUUUUAUGUUAUUUUGUUUAUUGUAUUGCAUUAGUGUUCAUUGUCAUGUUUCAAAUAUUGCCUAAAUAAAGGAUGACGGAAAUA